CCAAGUCCAAAUCAAUACAGCGCCAGCCCUCUCGCCCUCUGGACUGGCGCACAGUCCAGGACUACACACUCCUUGGGAACCUUUUGGAAAGCGGCGAGACUGGCACGAUGAUGGCGACUGGACCACUGCUGCUAGCUUUGAGCAUCACGGCACUGGCGUGGGGAGUGCACGGGAAGAAAGAUGUAUCGGGCAGUGCCGCCGUGUACCUGGGCCAGUCGAGAGACGCGUGGAAGCCGCUUAUUCACAUCACAGUCAACCUUACCAAAAUAAGAGACAUCAAGUCGUCCUUUCAGCUGAGGACGUACGACCCGGAGGGGAUCAUCUUCUACGGGGACACCAAAGAUGGUAAGGACUGGUUCAUUUUGUCCCUGAAAGACGGCAUCCCGCUCAUGCAGAUCAGCCGCAGCGGCGUCCUCGUCAACGUGGCGGGCGGGCCCAAGCUCAACGACGGGCGGUGGCACACGCUGGAGCUGAGCAACCACGGCCAUUUUGUAGUCCUGGACGUGGACGGCUCGCGGGGGCUGUUCAUGGGUGUCAGGUCCGACACCUUGGAGGAGGUGAUUUCGGGGUCCCUUCGACUGGCACUUGGCGGGAUCCUGAUUCCGAGAGAGAGAUUGUUUGUUGAGUUUGAGCCGCAAAUGGACGCCUGCGUGCGGGAAGGCCGCUGGCUUAACCUCAGCAUCCCCUGGGAGACGGAUGCCGAAGAGCUCCGGCCGUGCUAUCAAAACAUCCGACCGGGCAGCUUCUUCCCCGGGAACGGAUUGGCCAUUGUCAACGCAUCAGCAGUCCUGCAGGCAGACCCCGAACGCAGUGUGACGAUCGAAUUGUGGGGAGAUUUCACGAAAAUGGACGGGACUAUCUUAAGCGUCAGGACUCCUGGACAACCGCUCGUGUUUUCUUUGAGUGCCCAUAAUAACACAAAGAUAGUAACACUCUUAUUCGGUGGUCAUGUCCUGAGUCUGAAAGACAACUUCAAGAGGCUGGCCAUGACCUUUGGAACCGAUUCGCUAGAAGUGAGACACGGUGGAGAUGAAUCACAUUUCCUCAGCCCGCUUAAGAAUUCCGGGCUGUUGGACGAAUUGAGAGGAAGCCACAUUGCCAUCGGCGGCCUCCUUGGCGAAGACGACGCCGGCUCCCACUUCUUGAAGGGCUGCCUGGAGAAGGUCCAGAUCCAAGGAAAGGAUGUGGACUUUGAUCGGGCUAUCAAACACCAGUCCAUCUCCUCUCACAGCUGCCCCAUAUGAAUCACAAGCAUUUGGUCUUGCUUAGCAAAAGACUACAUAAUUCAGACUUUUGAUACUGACAUAUUUGGGAUAACUGUACUAGCUAGACUCUAAAUUGUUAGCCAUGUACAAUAGUGAAUAAAAUGCUUUAAUCUUGGACCAAGC